AUGAUUCUCGUCCAGGGCGAAAAGUACGCGUGUCUCAACUGCAUCCGCGGUCAUCGGAGUUCCACCUGUGACCAUACUAACCGACCUCUGGUGCAAGUUCGAAGAAGAGGACGGCCAAACCAUGCCUGUCAACACCGUCUCGCAGUUAUCGCCGAGCCCACCUGCUCGUGUGGAAUGACUGCUGUGCUUGUUCCCGAGCACUCGGUGGCUGGAAUCAAGGAGGAGGACAAAAAGCCUGGCAGUUCGGCGCUCAAGAAGACCACCAAGAGUGUGGGAAUCAUUCGAAUCGGAGCGCACUCCAAAAAGAUUAUCGACACUUCAAACGGAAAGGUGACUGUGUUGGACACGCCAGUGAACCAGUUUCUCAAGGAGAAUCCCAGCGGAAACUGCACAUGUGCUGCCUCAGGCCUGGAGCCCGAAGAGUACUUUGACAGACUGAAGCAGAAGUCGUCCUGUUGCAGUAAGGAGGAGAAGCCGGCUUCUAACGGAUGCUGCAGUGGGAAUAAGGUCAAGAAGGAAGAGGAGAGUCUUCCGAGUCGUAUGCAUGGAAAUGGAGGGCAUGUGGCCAGCAGUCAUGUGGGUAAUAAUAGUCACGUGAACAGCAGUAGCCCCAUGAACCCCAGUCCUGCUGCUGCACAUAUCAACCACAGCCAAAACUCGACACAAGCUCUGCCUGGAGUCAACACCAUUUACCAGGGACCGGGUGUGAUACAGGGCCAGGGUCAGACCCAGGGACAGGUCAACGGGUACCACUACAACAGUUAUUACCAGCAGCCGUCGUACAUGUACAACUCGGCAUACUAUGCUGGCCAUACAGUCCAGGUUCAGUCUGAGGGUCACGGUAUGAAUGGGGUGAAUGGACACGGACAUGGUAUUCAGCUGGGUCUUCCAGGCCAGAGUCUUCCAGGCCAGAGUCUUCCAGGCCAGAGUCUUCCGGGUCAGAGCAUUCCUCAGGGUGUUCAAGGACAGAGCAUGGCACAGGGAGUUCCUCAGGGCCAAAAUGUUCAGGUUAUGACGCAAGCACAGACUAUGCCACAGGUUCAGACCCAGGUUCAGACCCCAAACCAGGAGGUACAGAUCCAAAUGUCCCAGACCAACGCCAAUUCGCCCAUGCUUGGCCAAAUCGACCCGUCGUUCUCGCAAAUGUGGAAAGGAGAGACACCCCAGGAGCCUGCCCAGCCUCAUGUUUCGGCAGACUCGGGGCCGGAAGACAGACUCACGCCAGAGGAGUUCUUCGACAUGUACUUUGCACCCACAUGUUCGAUUCCUGGCCAGUGCGGUUGUGGAGACGGCUGUCAGUGUAAGGGAUGUCCUACUCACGACUCUCAGACAGAACUGGAAGGCGUUUCCUCAGGGGAGAGGUUUACUUGGGAGUAG